GGCGUGCAAAUGCAAUUUCCUCAAAGGCGAGCAACGGAGAGGGAGGAGAGAGGCCGAAGAAGGGACGUCAUGUCCUCCUCCAGAUGCGACUCCAGAUGCGCUCCGCACUUACAGAGCGCAGCGCGUGGCUUCGCGCACAACGCGUCGCGCUGGCGACCCACGUGUGCCGCUCAGGGGAGUCCACACACACACACACGCGCGCACACACACACACCAAGCCUCCGGCAAGUGGGCCAGCUGUCAGAGCCUGAGGAGAGCUCUGCGUUUCUGGAGUUAAAAACCCGAGGAGGAGCUACUCCAUCCAUCCCCGCAGGAGCAGGCGCUGCUGGAGACUGGUUCGCAGGAGCGCCCAGCUUUUGGCCAGCUUUCACCCAGCUUUUACCCGCUUUUUGCUCCUGUUCUCGGUUGCAGUAGAUGAUGACUGGACUUCGCCUCAACUGGUCUCCUCUGAAGGAGCCCCUGGGCUUCAUCAAAGUGCUGGAAUGGUUUAUGGCCGUGUUCGCGUUUGCCACAUGCGGCGGCUAUGCAGGGAGGAACGUGGUGUCCGUGUACUGCAGCGAGGGUGCCAACGGCACCCUGAGCGCCACCUUCUCCUACCCGUUCAGGUUAAACCAGGUGCUGCUGGUCGAGAGCAACACCACUCUCUGCAACCGCACUGUGCCGGAGACGCACCUGGUGGGCAACGCCUCGUCCUCGGCCGAGUUCUUCGUGACCAUCGCCGUCUUGGCCUUCCUCUACUGCAUGGUUGCGCUGCUGGUCUACGUGGGCUACAUGCACAUCUACAGGGACUCUGACCUGGGACCCAUUGUUGACUUCAUGAUGACCGUGUUCUUUGCCUUCUUCUGGCUGGUGUGCUCAUCGGCGUGGGCGAGGGGGCUGCAGACCGUGAAGAACGCCACAGGAACCGGGGCCAUCAGGGAGGUGCUGCCGCUGUGUCGGGAGGCUGGCGUGGUCUGCGAGGUCUCGGAAUUUGCCAGCAUGCGGAGCCUCAACAUAUCCGUGGUUUUUGGAUACCUGAACAUGAUCAUGUGGGCUGGAAACGCCUGGUUUGCGUACAAGGAGACUCGCUGGAAUGCCCAGAAGUACUCCUCCCAGCCAGCGGGAAGUCGCGCCCAAGUCCCUGCGCCAAUCUAACCCCCGGAGGGGACGCGUCCGCUGUCCUGGGCUGCUGGCCUAGAGUCUCCUAGGGGUGAGGACAGUGGCGUUGCGCUCCCCACUUACCCCACCGACAGUGCCUUGCUGGAGAUACGGUACCUCACCUGUGCACACACCUGAGGGCCUCCCCCAAGUACUCUCACAUCCUCUUCUGAGUCUCUUCAGCAUGUUGGUCAUAUUAACUUUUUUCUAUUAUAUAGCAUGCAAAGUUCCUUUUUAGCACGUCAGUUACUUCUUUUUUUUGUUUUCAUCCCUUUUUGGGAAGUAUCAUCGCUGCCUCUUUGUCACAACUGGAUUUCAGAUAGUAUUUUCUUCCGCACCGUGGUCUUAUUCUGUCUUUUUACUGCACCUUUAGUCUUUCUUUACUCUUCAUUAUUUUGGAAUCAUUUAAGCUUUGAGCAGAAAAUGCAUUUUUAUUUCUAAUUUCUUUUUUUUAUGAUUUCAUAUGUUUUUUCACUUUUUGUAACACUGCCCUGCUGUGACUUGAUGUCAGUGUUUGUAACCUGUUGAGAGUAACUGAGACAGACAUCCGAAAGCCCCAGUCCUGGCUUUUAGGGUUGUGUGUAAUACUCUGGGAUUAAAAUGUUUUUUUCAUUGUUCCCUUUGGCAGGGUGAGGCGUCAGCCUUCUCCCCUGUAACACUUGGCUUUAAAACUUGGCUUUAAAUGGCUGCAGUUCUGGGGAAAUUUUGCAAAGCACAGUCAUGGUAUGUUUUGGGACGUGUGCGGGUUGAGUGCAGGUAUGAUCUCAUGGAAACCCGUGCUACCACGGUACAACUCGAGAGUAGCUGUGUUGACUGAGCUCGUCAUGUAUGCCAGGACUGCUGUCUCUGAAUAAAAACCAAUGGAGUCCAUUCACUGUCUCCCAUGCAUGUUUAACAUGAAAAGUAAAUUUCUAAAAUUGCUUUUAGUCCAUUUGACAGAACAAAGAGCAAAGUUCAGUCAAAUCUACUUGUGGCAUUGGUGCAAAAGGACAUUUCUUUACGCGCACAGACCAGUUUAUUCUUUUAAAGAAUAGCUCUGCAUUAUUCUACCGUUAUUCCCUUGUACCUUUCGGAAGCCGCACGAUUUCACAUUCAGCUUGCCACUUACGGAUACCGUAGUUGUCCGUUCAGAUCCAGGUAAAUCUUGCUGAGUAUUCCUCUCUGAAAUUUAGAAUUUUUUUUUUUGUUUCUUUUACAUAAAUCCAAUGACUUUAACAUUUUUCUCAAGCCGCUUAUUCAGGAAAGUAUUUCCGCUGAAGUUUCUUUGAGCCUUAUAUAGGUUUUGGGCUUUUGGUCUGCACAUUUCAGUCCCGCUAAAGCGUAAUCAGGAAGCCGAUCGUGUACAUUCCUCUAAGUCUCGUGUGCGGUCCACCAUCAUUCUAACAUUAGUCUUUUUUUAAGCUAAACUUGGCUUAUAGAACUACAAAUUAAAUGCCGACCCUGCAAUGACAAUGUAUCUCAUUCUGCUGCUGGAACAUACUUUUGUUUUUCUUACCAGUACACUCUUUGCCAAUCUCAGAGGCUUAAGAUUGGUACAAUCCUGCAAAAACCACUACAGGGUCUUG